GCCAGCAGCAUCUUAAGCAACGGCCGCCGAGAUCCUUUCGCGGAACGGAUCCUUUUGCAGAAAGAAGCGUUGGGAGUGUUAUUAGCUGCCGGUUUUCCGCCGGUGUAAAUGUGUUGCAAUUUUAAUGUAGUGUUCGCAAGCACGCCGUUGCUAUCUCAAACCGGUGUGGUGUACCUCGGUGUUGCCAUGAGAUAAGCGCAUCUGCCGAGGAUCUGCUGCAUUCCGUUCGUAGCAUAGUAGUGUUCUGUGUUGGUUCAGUGUUAUCCACGUGCAACGUACACGUUGUUUGAUGGUCAUUAGUGCAAGCGCAUAGCCACCGACCAUCAGCUUCCCCCCACCAACCCGACAUACCCUGGCGGGUUCCUGGUUUGGUGACCUACUGCACAAGUGCUAUACGACGGAGUGGUGUUAAGAAACCGCCCCGAGGAAGGUCUCCGGUUGGGUAGGGAUUCUAUCCCGUUGGUCCCUUAUCGGAAAGUACGCUUGCUUUGGAGAGCCUCUUCCUCCCGGAUCCCGAUGGGAAGCACCAUCGUAUGCGGGUCAGUGCACAUACAACACGCAAACAACUAACUCCUAACUGACCGAGUGACCGAAAACAGGUGGAUAAGGCCGUCGUGCUCAUUAGUCGCCACGAAUCCGGAGAUUGUGCCGAGUGUUUGUGUGUGCUCCACUCGAAACCAAUUGCCGACAUCGUAAUCAUCAUCAUCGUCAUCAUCGGCACCCGAGGGGAGAAAAGGGGCACAGCAUCACCACUGCGUCAUCAUCAGCAUUAACAACUCGCUACCUCCCAGAGCCCGUCCCCGGCGCAUAUAGGCCAAUUAGGUCCGGUGCAAAAAGUACGAAAAAGCCCCGGGAUUAAACCCGUGAACGGAGGCCUCACCAGAGCGGUUUGCGCUUUUCCGUUGUUCGCUAGGAGUGUACCAACGAUGCGACGAACUGCGACGCGACGAAGAGGCUGAUCUGACGAUCAUGUUCGAGCGUCGACCCUUGUGGGGGGUGCUGAUCUUGCUAACGUUCGUGUUGACGGUAUGGCAGAUGUCGCCACGCGAUGUGACCGUCUACCGAGAUGCAACUAUGGCAUCAGCACUGCGCAGCUAUCCACCAUCCGCGCUUCCCCCAGGGUCCGGCUUUGCUCUUCCUUACGAGCGGACAACAGCCGAGCGCCAGUACUCCCCACAUCCCGUGCUCACACCACCUUUCGGGGGCGAUGGCGUUGGUGAUAAUGCUAUCGACAGAAUCGGCGGUGCUUAUCGUUUCCCCGUUGCCAUCAAUACCGGUCGAACCGGUGGAACAUAUCUGAACAUCACCUCACCGCCCUGGCUGGUCGCUGCUGCUGUCGAAGCGGUAGCUGGAUUGCACCAGUCUUCGGACAGGACUAGUAGCACAAGUGAAGUUGUUAGCAGCAGCAGCAGCAGCUCCGUCGUCACUACGGCCGUCAGCGGUACACAGUCGACAGCGUCGUUAACAUUAGUCAAUCCGUACGAGGAAUUGCUGCCAAAUGAUGAUUACACCAGUUUAAUAGAUUUAAGGGAUUUUAAAUUUACCAUCAACUACGACUACUGCGGUAGUGGUAGCGUUGACGGAAGGAGUAGCAUAGGCAGCACUAGUAGUAAUAGUGCUGGUAGUAGUAGUAGUAGUAGUAGUAGUGGUAGUAGCAGCAUUAGUGAUAGGAGUAUGAGUUUCGCUAGUGAUACACUCGACCGGAGCACCCUAACGCCCGUGAGUGGUUCCUGGAGUAGCAGAAAACGCCGCAGCAGAGGUGGCAUUAGCGAGAGCCUUAAGCGUGACGGAAAUGCCUUACGUCGGUCGCGAUCACCGUCCAGGUCUGCACCGCUAGUACUUGUGUUGGUGCAUUCGGCACCGGCUAACGUUGAGAAGCGCAACACAAUUCGCUCGACCUGGGGCCGUCCUGAUAGUCGAGCGCGUUUGAUCUUCCUGCUCGGAGCGGUCAACUCGAGCGAUGCUCAGCGGGCAAUCGAAGAGGAGAGCCUGACGAACGAUGACAUCGUGCAGGGUAGCUUCGUCGAUGCGUAUCGCAACAUGACGUACAAGCACGUGAUGGCACUGAAGUGGUACAACUAUCACUGUCCCGAUGCCCGCUACGUACUCAAGGUGGACGAUGAUGUGUUCAUCAAUGCACCUGUUCUGUACGAAGUGUUGCAGCUCGUUGCGCCCCAGCGCAACCUACUGCUGUGCGAGCUUAAGCAGAAGCUGAGCGUCAAGCGAACACACCGUUCGAAGUGGUUCGUCAGCUGGCGUGAGUAUCCGGCACGGUACUAUCCGCCACACUGCCCGGGCUACUCGAUACUCUACUCAGCCGAUGUGGCCCGUGGAUUGUACCGGGAGGCACAACGGCAACCCUACUUCUGGAUUGAUGACGUGCACAUCACUGGAACGGUGGCACACUACGCUAACGUCACCAUUACGCCGAUGGACGGUCUCUAUCUCGAUGGGGAACAGAGAAAUGAUCUGCUGAAUCAUAAGCUGAACGCCACCGGGUUGGUGUUCUUCUUCACCCAUCCGAAUCUUCCGAUGAAUGAAAUCCGUCGACUGUGGCAAGUGGUUACCGAGCCAAAAGAUUCGCGCAGAUAGUGCCGCGGUACAAUCUGGCGAUGCGCUGAGCCGUUGAUAGAAUGUGGUUUAUCUCAGCGUCUUUACUAGGUCCUUCGAGAAUCCUUGUUUGUAUUUGUCUCAGUUUUUGUUGUUCUAUUGGGUUUAAUGUUUUUAUUACAGCCCACUUGCUAGUCGUUAGGGGUAUAUCUGUUUGCUUUAGCAGCGUAUCUUAUGUUUGCGAUUUUGUGUUUGCAUUUUGUCCUGAAUUGGCAUAAUGGUUUUUUCAAAGAUAUGUUUUUAGUCCUAUUUUAAUUUCCUAAUGCUGCCUCUCGCAUGAUCCACAUAUUUCGAAGCAAUUAGGGAUUAUUUCGCGUGCGUUUUGUCAAGCGUACAGUAAUGUCGUUCAGAUUUAUUGGCUAUCGAGUUGUUGCAUAUGGGAAAAUGAACGAACAAGGCAAGCUAAAGGAAUAUAUGGAGUAAAACAAUCAAAAAGCUCAAAGGAAAAUGAUAAAGAGUUCUAGCAAGAUAGAAAAAGAAACAGAAAAUAAUGAAAAUAUCUGAAGCCAUAUAUAAAUAAACAUAUUUAUGUAGCCUAAAGAUGUGCGAUUAACAGGAUGAAUGUUUAGGUUUACAUCUUAGCUAGAGAGAUAUUGCUGGGAUGUGAGCAGAAUGUAAAAUGUGCACGUGAAACUCUAGGGAUAAGAUGUUGAAACUUAACAUAAAUACCGACUGUUUAUGAGAUAAGCAGAGCGUAAGAUCUGGUGGUGAAACGUCUAAACCAAUGUAGUCUAAGAAGAGCCAGUUAUUCAUAUAAAAAAGGAAAAAAAAUGCAAAAGUGCAAACGACAGUGGGUGACGGUCGGCACAAAAUCUGCCAGAGUGCAAAAUAAGGUUAACACAAAAUGACCAUUAGAUACAGGCGAUUGCGUGAUCCAGGAGCAUUGGUCUGUGUAGAAAAAAAAUCCUUAAAUGCUCGCUGAAUGAAAUGGAACAAACGUCAUUUAGUAAUGUUUAUAGCAAACAACCUAAGAGCUUUGAAAAACUUUCAAAACCAUUCAGUAGAACAAUUUGUGAUAAGCAUAAGCAGAUGCGUUGACGAACCUGUUGUUUCACCCUAGCUUCAGUCUCGCCCGUUUUUUUUUAUUUUCCUGUGUAAUUAGCAACGAAUAGAUUCUAUUUGUAUUUUAUAAUAUGUGGCCCGUAAAGGGCAAAGUUAAAACGAAGAUUUUGGUUGGCUUUAUAUGAAUCCAUGGUUUGCUCGGUAUUACCUAUACUGCGGUUGAUGAUUUCGCUUUUUUCUGUUUUCGAUCACCUAUGUUCCUGCAUGAAAUUCCGAUAUCAAUAAUUUAUUUUACUUUCAUCGUAAUGCAUCUCAUCUUAUAAUGUUAUGGUAAGCAAAGGAAAGCCAACUUAACUUCGGUAGAAUCGUUUUCGGUAGAUGGUUACAAUACUUCAGAUUAGUAUUUCGAAUGUAGUGGAUCUCUAGCAUACCAUAGUGUACAAUAGCUGCCUUUCUUCUGCGGUGAAGUUCAAUCGACCGUCACUUUACUCGCGUCAACACUGUACCAGCAUUGAUCCAUCUAUUGGGUAGUACCAAAGUAAGUAGAUGUGGACGGUAGGUUUCCAGAGAAAAGAAAAAUAUUUUUAUUCCAUUUCCUUCCUUUUUCCUUGUGAUCUGAGAACAAUCUCUUUAGCCUACGAAUAACACGUUUAGCCGUGGUUUGACGGGAUGUGUGCUUACCUUUAAAGGAGGAAGCCAUCAUAUAAAAAUAAACAAAUUGUAAAUAAUGUGUAACGGUGUAGUGCAACUCUUCCACGUUUCGAUUUCGAAGGCACAAGGACAUUGAUUCGGGAUAUAGUGUGGAGUAGGAGCGAUCGAUGUUGUUGUACGCUUUUGCGAAUCGCAAGACCUUAUGCUCGAUGUAGUCAUCAAGCUUCUGUGUAAAUUCCGUUGCUCAUGUAUAGAAAACCUUAUUUCUGCAUAGCUGAGGUCGGUAUGAUAGGUUGAUGUCGCUAGCGAUAAGAGAGCAUGGGAGAGAUAGAGCAGGAUAGGGGAGAUGAUUUUGCCGCAGUAUUUCGGCUUUACGGUACCUUUCUCCAGGUGAUUCUCUUAUAGCAGUAGCAUCAGCACCAGUAGCAGUAAACAAACGAAUGAAAGUUUCUGAUGGAAACAACUUUAUUCGUUAUAGGGAGCAACAAGCAAAAGUAAUGCGGGAAUUGUGGAUCUAAAUAGAAUAUUGGAUCAAUGUGAAAGUGGUACACAAAACGGAGAGAAAGUUAACCUAACUAUAGCGAGAAACAAUUGACUAAACGUUAACUUGUAGCUAGAUAAAUCCUCUAUAUAUCUUGUUAGCACGAUGCAGAGCAAAGCAAAGGAGGAACUAUUUCAAUCUAGUAAUUGAACUGAUAUUGGAAUAGCUUAAGA